AUGGCGGAGGCCAAACGAGACACCCUCGAUCUACUGCCGUCGCCCUGGACUGACUUCAGCCCUCUCCGCAACCCAUUCUCCUAUAACUCCUCUAAUCCCUCCGAGUCGGAACGCGGCAGCCCGCUCACGUCGGCCACCUCCAGCCCAACAUGCUCGCCCACCUCCAGUCCCAUCAGCACAUUUCGCAGCCAUGCGUUUGGCCCGUUCAUUCGCCGGGCUCGUAGCCGCAGCCGAAAUUCGUUUGCCUCGCACUCUCACAGUUCGUUCCGCUUGUCCAGUCUGCUUCUCCGUCGCCGCCCGUCUGCCGUCGACCUCGCUCUCAGCGAGGAGCGCUCCCGAUGCUUUGGAGACGAGAUUGAACGGCGCGGUCUGGGCCUAAUGGAGCCGCGCCCGGUAGAUCCUAUGCCUGCGCUCGUGGAUAUGAUUGAGGAGGAAAGCAAAGUCUUGGACAAUCGGGUGAAUACAACAAGCAAUACCCGCUCGGCAUCGACUCCCAUUCACCAACCCCCGCGAUACGUUAUGGGAGGCAUAUUUGAAGUAAUGGAAGGAACUGCAUGA